AUGGGAGGUGGGAAUGAUGAGCGAGGGUUUGACUAUAAAGAGAUGCUCCAUAACUCCACAUUCUGCCUGGUGCCUCGAGGACGACGCCUGGGAUCCUUCCGCUUCCUCGAAGCUCUGCAGGCGGCGUGUGUUCCCGUGAUGCUGAGUAACGGCUGGGAGCUGCCCUUCUCGGAGGUCAUCGACUGGAACACAGCAGCUGUCAUCGGGGACGAGAGGCUACUGUUGCAGAUCCCAUCGACAGUGCGCUCCAUCCAUCAGGAUAAGAUCCUGUCUCUACGGCAACAGACCCAGCUGCUGUGGGAGGCCUACUUCUCCUCUGUGGAGAAGAUCGUGCUCACCACACUAGAGAUCAUCAAGGACCGUGUGCUGCAGCAGGCGUCCAGGAGCAGCCUGAUGUGGAACAGCCACCCCGGGGGUCUCUUCUCCCUGCCCCAGUACUCCUCACACCUCGGGGACUUCCCCUUCUACUACGCCGGCCUCGGUAUCCGGCCGCAGCCCCGCUUCACCGCUGUCAUCCAUGCUGUCACCCCCCUGGUGUCCCAGUCCCAGCCCAUCCUCAAGCUGCUGAUGGCGGUGGCCAAGUCUCAGUACUGUGCCCAGAUCAUCGUGCUGUGGAACUGUGACAAGCCGCUUCCCGCUAAGCACCGCUGGCCCGCCACCUCCGUGCCUGUUGUUGUCAUCGAGGGAGAGAACAAGGUGAUGAGCAGCCGGUUCCAGCCGUAUGAGAGCAUCCAGACGGACGCCGUGCUGAGCCUGGACGAGGACACCGUGCUAUCCACAACAGAGGUGGACUUUGCCUUCACCGUGUGGCAGAGUUUCCCGGAGAGGAUUGUGGGAUACCCGGCACGCAGCCACUUCUGGGACAGCAACAAGGAGCGCUGGGGCUACACCUCCAAGUGGACCAAUGACUACUCCAUGGUCCUCACAGGCGCCGCCAUCUACCAUAGAUAUUACCACUACCUGUACACGCAUUACCUGCCGAGCAGCCUGAAGAGCAUGGUGGACCAGCUGGCCAACUGCGAGGACAUCCUCAUGAACUUCCUGGUCUCCGCGGUAACCAGGCUCCCGCCCAUAAAGGUCACCCAGAAGAAGCAGUACAAGGAGACCAUGAUGGGACAGUCGUCCAGGGCGUCUCGCUGGGCCGACCCGGACCACUUUGCCCAGAGGCAGACCUGCAUGAACAAGUUCGCCAGCUGGUUUGGCGGCAUGCCCCUGGUGCACUCCCAGAUGCGACUGGACCCCGUGCUGUUCAAAGAUCAGGUGUCCAUCCUCCGCAAGAAAUACAGGGACAUCGAGAGGCUCUGACGAGACUGGCGCCCCUUGUUUGCUGAACUGACAACUGCAGGGGGCACCUAAAGAAAAGGACUAUAACUUCGGGAGGAGGAGGAGGAGAAGGACCACAACAAACCUGCCUGCCAAACUUACCCCCCAAACUCUCUUUGUAGAGGGAAAGAGUGGGGUAAUGAAAGAGCAGGUCCUGGACUUUCGUCUUCCACUCAGCACAUUGCCAAUGACAAGAGAUAAAGAAAGAAAGGAAGAGAGAAAGAAAGAAAGAAAGAUGGAAAGAAAGAAAGACAGGCCUGGUGUGGUGUUUCUGGGGAACUUUUGCACAUGCGCCGCACCCAUGCACACUCAGCAAAGGCAAAGCCCUCCCUCGUCUGGGAAAAACAUGUCUGGCGCGCGGCGCCGCACACGUCUCUUACUAACCCGUAGGAGGAGAGACUGUUGACUCCCUGAGAUUCUUCAAAUGUAUAUCCUGAAUGCAUAAACCAGCCAACUAGACUCCCGGCUCCUUCUCUCUCUGCACAUGUUGUCAGUAUGAGAGAGGGGGAAUCACAAUGGGUGAAGCGUUCAGCUCCCGCUCGAAAUGGCAAGAGCUAGAGGGAGGGGAUGUGCUGUGCUGUGCAGUGCAGCACGGAACGUUGAUUCCCAAUCCGCCGAGCCAGGAUCAAAAUCCCUGGGAUCUGGAUCAAAAUUCACAUCUCCACACAUCCUCCAGGAGGAAGUAUCUUUGUUUUUCUGGGUUUUUUUGUUUGUUUCUUUAAAGCCUGUUUUUGACCCUUAGUUUUCUCUCAGUGCCAUAUUCUUUUGUCUGACAUAUUUCUUCCUCAGUCAUUUCGAUUCUGAUUGACCUACUUUCAUUUUUUUUUUCUUUUGAUAAUACAAUCUAGUCUAUUCUCAAGGAGAGUGAGGGUGUCUUAAGGUCAAUUAGAUCACAGCAAUCAGAUCCACAUUGAAAAGACAACUAAAUCCAUUGUGUACUUUUUUUGUUUUGUGUCAAAACACUUUUUACUUAAUUUUGCCUUAAACCAACAGUGGUUUACCCAUUGCAGAUAUUGCAGAUAAUUCUUGGAAAAUGUGCGGUACCCAAUCAAUAUAACUGGGUAAUAUCAAAGCUCUCUAGCUUCAACAGUGUCAAUGAUUUUAUCUUCCCCAAAUAACAAUUUCUCACUUGUAUUUUGAUAUCCUGACACAUUUCAUUGUUUUAAUUUGUAAUUGAGCAGAUGGCCUGUGUCUUAUCUUAGAGUAGAACUUAACGCUGAGAAGUAACAUAGCGGUUUUAAAGGUACACUGUGCAAGAUUUUUGGAUGUUUAUUUCCAGAAUUCAUGCUACCCAUUCACUAAUGUUACAUUUUUUCAAAUACUUACCACCACCAUCAAAUUCUAAGUAUUCAUUAUGACUGGAAAAAUUGCACUUUUCAUACAGGAAAAGGGGGGAUCUUCUCCAUGGUCUGCCAUUUUGAAUUUCCAGAAAUAGCCAUCAUUAGCAGCAAAAAUGACUGUACUUGGGCCAUACUAGGAAAUGUUAGUUUACUACUUAGUAAACUUUCAUGAAAAGAUCAAAUUUGGCAAUAGACAACCCAGUUUCAAUGAGCAACAUAGUUGCAGUACCUUUUUUGACCAUUUCCUGCACAGUGUACCCUUAAAUUAGCCCAUAACAAAACCCUCCCACUGUUUGCAAUGCUCUCCUAAGGGCAGGCCAAGUAAGUCUGUGGCAUGAGUUGCAAUGAACUAAAUCAUGGAAAUCAUGCCUGAAAAUCUUCUCUCCACUUCCACUAAAAUCUCUUCCACUUCCACUAAAAACGAAAUGAAUGUAGUCUGUAAGCCACUCACCAAUCCCUGGGAUGCAUUUCUCAAAAGAGAUGUUGUUAGCAACUUUGGUAGUUGCCAAUGGGAAAAUGCAUUGAAAACAACAAAGUAGCUAAUGUAGUAAGCAACUUUGUUUUCGAAAAAUGCACCCCAGGGUAGUGUUUUUCGAAACGUAGUUGUUAACCAGUUAGCAACUUGGGUAGUUACCAAUGGGUGAUUGAUAACUUAGCAACUAGGUUCGAGAAAUACACCACAGAUCUUUGGCCUUCUGCUCAUGUCCAUUACUCUAUUUUCACGUUGAUUUACAUUUUGUUCCUGUUUUAUAGAGGACAUGGCACUAUGACGAUCUGCACCUUUUAAUUUUUUUUCCAUCUCCGUUACUUACUGUCCAAUUUUCCAAUGAAACGAAAUUCAAGAUCUAGCCAACAUUUGUGCUCCCAACAAGUACUUGAAUGUCUGCUAACUUGAAGGAGCGCCAUAUAGUAAGAGGCCUUUUUAUAGUAUGAAUCUUUUGAAGGUGCAUGGACUUAGGGAGUGCCAGCUAUGAUGAGCUUAUCAUGUGUCAUUACCUGAGCAGUAUCUAUCUACACAACUACUAUUCAAACACUAUAAUUGGGAACAUCAUUCAAAAAAUUAUGAAGCUCUGCCCACAGCUAACUGUAGAAACCACAAAUUGAGAAAGAAAAAAUAUUUUUAGGUUAAGCGUCAGCGUCAAGACGAUUGUGUUACUGCCUAUGGACCCCUAUGGGAAGAAAGUUGUACUUGUUAACACUCAAGCAGUUUGGUUUUAGUUGAAACUGCAAAUUGGACAAAAAAAUACAUUUUACACUACAUCGACUAGUUAGCCACUGGCCUGUUUCACUUUCGUCUGAUAUUCACACUUAAUGAGGUAAAAAUUAUCAAUAGUCGGUGACUUAUCCAGACAUGAUUAUUUUUGGCCAAUUAUUUCACGUCAAAGCUGGAAGUGUUACACGUAUCUAGAAAUUUGCAGAGAUAUGGACUUGUGACUUGCAACUUGAACUUCAGUAACUGUAAACUUGAGUCACAACUGACUUGACUUGGCAAUAUUAGGCAUGACUUGUGACUUGACUUGUACGCUAUUGACUCGAGACUUGACUUCACAGUUUUAACUUGCAAUGACAGGUCAAGUCAACAUAUAUUCAAUUUUCUGCAUUUGUAUGUGAAAAUAUUACAUGGAAAAAAAAAAUUAAAUGAAAAAAGUUCAACUCAAGGCUCCAAGUCACAGACGGAUUUCCAGAUAUCCAAUAACUACAAUUGACAGCGUUCAAUUUUUCUGCAGACUUAAUUAAAAAAAAUCCACAUCUGGUCUGAUCACAACCAAAAUAUCACUUAACAGUUAUAAGCACAAGACGGAUUGUAAGAAGAAAUAAUCUGUGUUCUUCUGUGUGAUCACAGCUCACAGAUCACAGAGGACAAGCAUGAAUGAUGACCCCCAUCAUAGUGAGCUGUCUUUCGGGUGACACAAGAAGGUCAGUUGACCAUUUAGUGCAAAUGCAUAUCGAGCCUCUGCAGUCAGUUGUGCUGGUCUGGGGUGCGUUUCUCGAAAGCGUAGUUGUUAGCCAGUUAGCAACUUCGGUAGUUGCCAAUGGGAAAUUUCAUUGCAAACAACAAAGUAGCUAAUGUGGUUAGCAACUAUGGUUUCGAGAAAUGCACCCCUGAAUUUCUGAUGAGCAAACAACACAUACACCUGGCCUUACAAGUUACACGGAGGGCAAGCCAGAGACGUUUCAUUGUACAUAACCUGUGUAUUUAUUUUUCACAACGCACCAAGAAUUCCUUGUGCCAGGAUUGCAUAAUGUAAAGUGUAAAAAAAAAUGUUGAAAGAUGUACAUUUGUGUAUUUGUCUAUUUUUUAAUAUCAAUGCUGGUGCCAAUGCCUUUUUUAUUUGUUUUGCUUUUCUUUUCAUCUCCUUUUUAUCACCCAACACACCUUGAGAUGUAACGUUUCAAGAAAACUCAUUUCUGUCUAUCCCUUAAGCUCAAUUUCACUUAUUCUAGGGUCCAUGUCCACAUUAAGCUGGAUAAAUGUAAAUGUGUCUCCAUAGGU